UGUCUUAUUUAAGGUAAUACGAGUAAAACUUCAUUCGGAUUUUUCGAUUUGUGUGGUUCGGUUGGGCAUUACUUUGCUUGCGUAAUUGUUAAGUAUUUAUUAUAAAAUAAUUUAUAUAAAUCAGAAUUCAAGUGUGAACGGUGAAAAUGAGUAACCAAAAGGACAACUCAAACCAGAAUGGAAAUAAUGGAGAUUAUAAUGAUGAAGAAAUUAAUGAGCCCGAAUGUCUGAGGAAGUUAUUUAUUGGAGGAUUAGAUUAUCGAACCACUGAUGAUGGGCUUAAAUCACAUUUUGAGAAAUGGGGUAAAAUAGUGGAUGUUGUGGUGAUGAAAGAUCCACGAACAAAACGUUCACGUGGUUUUGGAUUCAUUACCUAUUCUCGAUCAACCAUGGUUGAUGAUGCUCAAAAUGCUCGUCCCCACAAAAUUGAUGGUCGUGUGGUUGAACCGAAACGUGCUGUGCCGCGUCAAGAUAUUGAUAACCCACAUGCCGGUGCUACAGUUAAGAAAUUAUUUGUUGGCGGCUUAAAAGAAGAACAUGAUGAGCAAUGUCUCCGUGAUCACUUUGGUAAUUAUGGCAAAAUAACUGAUGUAAAUAUUGUAAUCGAUAAAGAAACUGGCAAAAAGCGCGGAUUCGCUUUCAUUGAAUAUGACGACUAUGACCCAGUGGAUAAAAUUGUAUUGCAAAAAACGCAUAAUAUUAAGGGAAAAGCACUUGACGUAAAGAAAGCAUUGCCCAAACAGGACAUGAAUCGUCAGCAAGGCGGUGGGGGCGGCGGUGGUCGUGGUGGUAAUAUGGGUCGUGGUGGAAACAUGGGUGGUGGAAUGAUGGGUAAUCAAAAUAAUUGGGGUAGCAACAACAGAGGAAAUGAUAGUUGGGGUGGAAAUAAUGGUUUUGGAGGGGGUUUCAACAAUGGUGGUGGCGGCGGCGGUUGGAACAGCAAUAAUGCUGGUCCAUGGGAUAAUGACAAUAACGGCAGUUGGAACAAUGGUCCUAGCGGUUUUAGUGGACCAGGCAAUAGCGGUCCAGCCAACAGCGGUAAUUGGGGCAAUGAUUUUGGAGGCGGCUAUCAGCAAAGCUAUGGAGGUGGUCCACAACGCGGUGGAAACUACGGAGGCAAUAACCGAGCUCAGCCUUAUAGUCCGGGAAACUUCGGUAACAAAAUGGGUAAUCAAGGCAAUUUUGGUGGCAAUCAAGGCAAUUUCGGGGGUCCGAAUUCUAUGGGAGGCGGCGGCGGUGGCGGCAACAGGAGGUAUUAAGGUCGUUAAUUGAGCCAGGUCACAUUCGUACAGAUUCAAGCAAGCAAUCCAAAAGUUACAGAUAAGAAAACUUAACAACUACGAAAGCACCAGAAUUAACAGUAUCAGUUGAAAAGAGUAAAUGUCAGAAAAUUUAAAGCAGUAUAUGAUGAGAGAUACCCAGGAACAAUUUGAAGCGCAGGUGGUCAAGAGGAAGAAAGAAAAGAUGUGACGAUGAUGAAAAUAUAAGCAACAGUUACAUAUAUGAAUAUUUAUACAUACACAGUUCAUAAGCUAAUUUGUAGGCACUUUACUACGUCAGCAAAACGUACCUAUAGUACAUAGUUUUAAAGAUGAAAAUUUUAAAGAGAACUGCAGAAGAAAGACGAGUAUUACAUAUUUUAACGAGAAUUCAAUCUUCUUCCAACUACAUAAAUUAAGGAAAGCAGACAAUUUCAUGAAGACCAUUUACUACAAAUUAGUUGAAAGUUGAAUCAUUUUCAAAGGAGAAAUAUAUAUUUACAAUGAAAUUGAGCAUUCGCAUUUCAGGAUUGUACCGUAGCAAUCAUUUGAGGAUAUUUAUGAAAAGAUAUAAUAAUGCUUAAUGAAUUCUUUGAAGUCACACCUACAUAAAAGCAGUCAGAUUCUCUCACAAUUCAUACCUUAUCUUAAAUGUUUUAGAUUUUCUGUAAUAUUUCUGAUUAAGUAAUUAGAUUAAGUUUAGUUGUAUUGUAUUUAUUAUCAAAUAUUUGUCAAUCCCGCAGGGGUUGACGACAGAAUGUCGUAAGGAAUGUAUUAUCUAACAAAUCAACCAGUUCGAAUCUUAUAGCUGACACAUGUGAAGAUGGUAUAGUCGAUCAAAGGAAAAUAUCAAUUAUUGUCAGGAUGUUGCAAUUUGAUUUUUUAAUGCCCGAACUAGUUAUUUUUUAUUGUAAAAAUUACCUGAUACUGAUAAUUUAUGUCUAAAAACCCUUCAAUUAAGUUCUCACUGGAAUAUUUUUUUUUUUACAAAAGAAUACAAUCUCAUAUUGUAAACUAAUGCAUAUAGAAAAAUAUAUACUUACACAAUGACUAUUAUGUAGUAAAACA